ACUCCAAACGUGACACAAGCAUACAUACACGUUGCAAAGCUAAAUUAUUGUAUUGGCCUUAAAAUGGACGACUUUAGAGUGCCCAAAAAGGUGAACCGCAACGUUUUCAAGGCCAUUAGCAUACUCCAAUCUUCCCGAACUCAUUUUGUCCGCGUAAGUGAAAUCACUGACCAGGUCAAGUACCAAAUGCGGAACUGCGUUCCGGUCGCCCAUGUAGAUGAGGUAAUAAAGCAGUCCCUGAGCAACUUGACUAAGCUGGGAAUAGUGAGGCGUCUUGGAUCGGCUAGAUAUGCGCUUACCAACGUAGUCUUUGCCAGGAUGGGAGUUGUUGUGCCCAAUCCCAUUGCAAGUACACCGGGCAAUCCUGGUACACCACUGCGAAAAGCUGUGCAGAAUGCGCGUCGUAAGCGCAGUCUCGGACGCUUGGAUCCUUGGAAAUCGGCCACCAAGAUACUAAGUGAAGACUCUCUAUCAGGAACUGAGAUGGAUAAGGCCCGUAAGCGGGUGCGCGGCAACACAAAGCGCGUUGUCAAGCAGAAACGAGAAAUCGCUAAUCCACAAACACGACCCAAUCAGUAUAAAGAAACGGAUAUUCCCACCACCAGUAAUAAACCGUCACUUUUCGACGCAGGAUCUAUCCUAGACUGUACCAAGCAACCAAGUUUAUUCGAACCGACCACAAAUAGUAAGCAAAUACUAUUCGGAUCACCGGGAUGGACGUAUACCAAACCCAUUCAAAGUACUCCGGCUACGCCCAGUGCAACAAUCAAAUUGAAUCAAAAAACGAAUGAUCCCAGGAGCACGCCAACAGUGAUUUCCGGGAAUAGCAGUACCACCUCGGUGAUGGAUGUUAAGGGAAAUGUGGAGGAGAAUAGAGGAUCUGAAGCUUCAAUCAGUUGUCGCGCUGUGCCCGUUGGCUUGGACGUUAGGCCAGCCGAGCAUACUUCUGGCGGGGAAUCCGAUGUGGAGAGUGCCUCUGUGGUUGGACUAUGUGGCAGUCCCUUAUGCCUGCGAACCCCGAAGGUUCAGUCAUCGUCGCACGAGGCAGUCUUAAAAGAGAAAAACUCUCAAUUUCCUCGAGAUAUCCAAUCUUCAAUUUUCCAUAACGAAUCAAAUAACUUAGGAAUUCAGCAAAAUGAGGAUCAAGAAAACACUCACGCAGUGGAGAGCUUACCAGUUCAAGGAUCUACUUUACAAGAAAACGAUCGAGCAUUAGAAAUUUCUUUGGACUUUGAAACAACUCAGCAGUCCGAUGUUUUAGGCGAGCACCUAAACUCAUCUGAUUAUGACUUUUAUAAAUGAUUUUCAAUUUAAUAAAACCAAUCGAAUACCCGCGCUUGUAUCGAUAUAUCGAUAGCCACUUCGCGUGACUAUGUCUAAGAGCAA